AUGCGUGGCACCUUCGGCUACAUGGCGCCCGAGGUGAUCAGUGUCGGGAAGGCGCCGGUCACCGAGCGGUGCGACGUGUACAGCUUCGGCAUGCUCCUGUUCGAGCUCAUCGGCCGGAGGAAGAACAUGGACAACAACGCGCCGGAGAGCCACAAGUUUCUGCCGUUGCUGGCAUGGACCAUGUACGAGCAGGGCAAUCUGUUGGAGCUCGUGAAGGAAUGCCAUUAUCCCGUGGCUGCGUCGGACGAGGAGCAGUGGAAGGAGGCGGCGGAGAGGAUGUGCAAGGUGGCGUUCCUGUGCGUGCAGGAGCAGCCGGAGGAGAGGCCGACGAUGAGCACGGUGGUCAAUAUGCUGGAGGGGCAUAUGGAGAUUCCUCCUCCGGUGUAUCCCUUCGGUUGGAUGUACCCUCAAGAGGCGUCAGCAGGGUCAGGUUCCAAAAGCGAGGUGUUCAUCAGGAUAGACACGUGA